AUGUUCAAGUUCGUCGCCGCCGUCAUCUUCGCUCUGUUUGCCUGCGUGGCCGCCAAGCCCGGAAUCGUGGCUCCUCUGGCCUACUCUUCCCCCUACGUGGCCUCCCCCUACGUCGCCUCCCCCUACGUGGCGUCUCCAUAUGUGGCAUCUCCCUACGUGGCUGCCCCCUACACCGCCGCCUACACUGCUCCCUACACCGCUGCCUACACCGCCUCCUACGCUGCUCCCUAUGCCGCCUACACCUCUCCUCUUCUCCUGAAGAAGUAG